AGUUGCACCCGUCCCAGCAGAAGACCAGCAGCCAAGUAGAAGUGGAAAGCAGCAGUGGCAGUAUCGCGAAGAUUAUCGUUUCAAGUGAAAAAUAUUGCCAAUCAAUUAGUGCAAUCGGGUGUAAUCUUUCGCAAUUCGGUUGCAUUGUGUAGUGUCCGUGGUUGCGGUGGUGAAAAUUGUCAAGUUUUAAAGAGGAAAACCUGAUUUUCGAUCGCUGACUGUUCGGUCGUCUUAUCGUGAUUGUCUUUCUACGCCGUGAUUACGCACUGCUGGGUCACACAUUAUAGGAUAAGGAAUCCUCUAGGAGGUGACCGCGACCUGAAAGUGUUGUUUUGAGAAGGUACUGCUGCUACUGGCUUCCCGUGUCAAUUUCCUCAAAAUCGUACCGCGGAUGCAAAAAUUGCAGUACAGGAAUCGUGCAGGGGAAAGGAAUUAGCUGCUCUAUACUCACUACCUGACCUGCACCAGAAGCAAAAGAAAGAAAACGGAAUCAAACGAAUGUGUGGUUGUGUAAAGAGUGAGUUGUGAUCGCAUUUUAUUGUGUUGAAAUCAAACGGGCAAACAGAAGCAGCUGCUGGUUGCAGCGCCGAGACGCAAGAAAUCCGUCGUAACCAUCUUUCGGUGGAGAUUGCAAGCCACUCAAAGAGGCCCCCUUCCCCUUUCGAAUUGCUGGUUUCCGAACAUAACAAAUUAUUAGGGGCGAAAGGCAAUUUUGCAAUAGUUGCCGAGUUGCGUGUGAGUGUGAAGAAAGAAGAAAAUCGCUGUUCGGAAUUUGUGUUUCUUGGAGGUGGCCGAGUGCGUAAGCUUAAUUGAAGAGUGGGUUAUGGAAUUCCUCGGAGUGGCAGAUCGUUGUUGAUAAGGCCAGAUUAGAAAGAGAGGAGAUCCGUCUAAAGCCGAACCUCCAGCAGUUGGAUUCCGGAUCGCAGCAAAAAAAUCCCAGCAAAAUGGGUCUCCUGUUUGCCAAAAUAUGGAGUCUCUUUGGAAACGAAGAACACAAACUAGUGAUGGUCGGCCUGGAUAACGCCGGCAAAACCACCAUCCUCUACCAGUUUCUGAUGAAUGAAGUUGUACACACUAGUCCGACGAUUGGAUCCAAUGUGGAAGAGAUCGUGUGGAAAAACAUUCACUUUCUGGUGUGGGACCUGGGCGGCCAGCAGAGUUUACGAGCCGCGUGGAGCACGUACUACACAAACACAGAGUUUAUCAUAAUGGUAAUAGAUUCGACGGACCGAGAGCGGUUAGCGGUGACGCGAGAAGAACUGUACAAAAUGUUGCAGCAUGAAGACUUAACCAAGGCUAGUUUGUUAGUGUAUGCCAAUAAGCAGGAUUUAAAAGAAUCGAUGAGUGCAGCUGAAAUUUCCAAACAGUUAGACUUGACCUCAAUCAAGAAACACCAGUGGCACAUACAGUCUUGUUGUGCGCUCACCGGUGAAGGACUCUACCAGGGCCUGGAGUGGAUAGCUCAGAGGAUCAAAAAGAAAUGACACCUGCCGGAGUAAACGUAAGGGUAAGUCGUUUAUCGUUUCCGUUUCACCAUUACGUUGCCGUGUGUCAGACAGGAUCCGCUACGAUACGCUGAAUGGCCACCGUGGCCCCGGGUGCAAACAACAAGUGAGAAUUUUAGUUUAAUUCCAAUCAAAUUUAGUUUUUAAAAGUAUACAUAACGAUGGAAAAAAUGCGAAACAAAAAAAUCUAACAAAUUACAGUAACAAAACCCACAGCCAUUCAGAUUUUAGUCUGUCCGUUGACGAAGUCAAAAGAAACAAUAUUGGAAAAUAAAUAUUGGGACUUCUGAUUUUGUCACGAUGCGCUUUGUCGACUGCUGUAGAAAAAGAACGUAAGAAUUUACUGAAACUGAGUGUCACCGCUCGCCACUCCUCUACUGUUCGUUUAGAAAAAAAAGAUUGACGAAAAACGUAAUAUCUACAGUUAAAUCCAUGUAGAAAUCCUAAAGAAAAUAUUUGCAAAGAACACGAAGUGAACCUGAAGGGAAACAUUUUAAGCUUUAGAACAACGCGAAAACGAGAGAAUGAGAGGAGAGGAGUCAUCAAAAUGUCCCGUCUGUCCCCCCUCCCCUAGAUUCUCCCGGUGUAAACCUGUAGGAUAAGUGUUUUAUUUCUGAUUUAUUAUUUAAACCAAUGGAACGAGAGAAAAAAAAAGUGAAAAGUAAACUGUUGCAAACGAAAGAACAAACAGAAUGCUAAAAAUGAAAACAGAGAUAUACUUACAUGAUUAGUUAAUACAAAAAUGAUUUAAAACAAAA